AUGGCAUCUUCCACCGGUCUCACCGUCGCCGGAGCUCUGCUUGCCGGGGACUUUCGAUUAUCGUCUCCAAUACCCAGAAAAGUUUCUUCUUCGUUGUCAUGCCUCAACAACCAAGUUCUAUCGCCACCAUAUAAUUGCUGUUGGCGACUAUCCGGAGGCAAAAUUUUGACACCGGUCAGUAACUCGCGGAGGUUCGCUGUGGGAAAGGAAGCUGAAGAUGGGUUUCUAUCGAAUGUAAGUGAAGAUAGUGAUGAGAUGUUCGACGAGUUGUUCAACAAAUACGGGAAAGUUGUUUAUAGGAGCGAUGAUCAAAAGUCUGUAACAGCCGAGGUUGAUGAUGACGCAGAAAGUUUAGCAUUUGCUGUUGAAUUGGCCAAAGUUGCGAGUGAGGUGAAAGCUGGAGACAUUAAGGUCCUCUUUGUGAAGCCUCUCGUCUACUGGACUCGUUUUUUCAUCAUAGCCACUGCGUUUUCACGCCCUCAAAUCGAUGCAAUCGGAUCCAGGAUGAGAGACCUGGCUGAGAAGAAGUACGGGAGAGUUGCUAAUGGAGAUGUAAAGCCGAAUGCAUGGACAUUGGUUGAUUUUGGCGAUGUGGUGGUCCAUAUAUUCUUACCUCCACAAAGAACCUUCUAUAACUUGGAAGAUUUCUACGGGAAUGCCAUGUCGAUUCCACUUCCCUUUGAAGAUCAGCCACCACGACGAAGCUGA